UGAGCCAACUGGCGGGUUGACGGUCCGCAAUUUCAACGAAAACAGUGAUGUAGCUUUCAAGCUAAUCCUCCAAUUUAACCAAACGCGCCCAUUCUUCUGAUAUUUGUGGUAUUCUUAUCACAUGCGUAGGUACUUUAUAAUACCAGUAUAGUGUCUGGAUUACCAAGAUGAAGGUCGGAUCUAUGUGACGAUUGUAGAAGGGCCAAAUGAAGCGCUAGCGAGCAUCUUUCUCUGGCGGCUAGCAUCAGCUACGAGUCUCUCAGUUGUUCAUCGUUUGACAUGUUCGGUGUGUGGCGACGGCCAAAUGUCUGAGAUCAGUGAGGUUGUCAUCGUCACGGUGCCGGAGGCCGAGAGUCAAGAGAAAGCGAUGCUGGUCACCACAGAGCUGGAUGCUCCACCAAGGGAAGAAGACACUGAGGCUGAAGCCAGCUGCGCUGAUCAACUGAAUAAAGUGGAGACUGUCAUCGUGAAGGUCACGCAGGAGGAGGAAAUGGACGACGAGUGCUUCUACCAGAUCACCUGCGGUGACGCUAAAGCCACGCUGGUCUGGAACAAGUUCCUGUGUCCCGGGAUCAACGUCAAGUGCGUCCAGUUCAAAGACCAGCUCAUCAGUCCCAAGGAGUUUGUGUGCUUGGCUGGGAAGUCCACGCUGAAGGACUGGAAACGGGCCAUCCGCCUCAACGGCACCAUGCUCAGGAAGAUCAUGGACUCCGGUGAGCUGGACUUCUACCAACACGCCAAGCAGUGCUCCAACACCUGCCGCAGCACCAAGAUCGACUUGGUCUCCACGAAGGCGCCCGGUAGCGGCGACCCGAGCUCCGAGGUGGGGGGCGGACCCCUGCCUUCCGCUGACUUGAACGGAGCCGAGGCGCUGGAGGAAACGUCAGAGUGGGUCACAACCAUCGGAGAGGAUGCGCUGGCGUUUUGGCGCAAUGUGAAGGAGGCGGGGCUCCUGGAGGACGUGGUGGAAGACUUCCAGAAGGAGAUCCAGGAGGUUCUGAAGGGGCUGCAUGAGCGGGCGACCGACCCUCCUCUGCAGGUCAAAGACGCCGUCUUGCUCAACAACGUUGUGCAGAACUUCGGGAUGUUGGACCUGGUGAAGAAGGUUCUGGCGAGUCACAAAAACCAGAUGGACAGGCACAGAGAGCAGUACACCCGCAGCCUGGCCGCUCUGGAGCAGCAGUGUGAUGAGCACAGGAAGCGUGCCAAAGAGCUGAAGAGUAAAUCCCAGCACCUGAACAACGUGCUCAUGACCCUCACCCCGGUGCCGGCGCCACCAGCGCCCAAGCGACCCCGGAUGACCCGCGCAGCCUCCGGCCCACCGGCGCUGAACUCUGGCCCGGCCCAGAUUGUGCUGCCGCUCAACCAGCUGAGCGGACUUCCUCUGGGGAAGCUGCUGACGGUGGCGGGAGCUCCGGCGGGGUCCGACCUGGGCGGCUACACCCUCCUCACCUCGCCCGUCGCCGGCCCGGACCUGGCAGCCGACGGGAGCAACGUGACGGUGCUGGCCGCUCCGGGUCAGGAGGGCGCCGCGGCACCGCCGGCCUCCGCUGCCAUCAUUAAAAUGCUCGGGCCUCAGUUCCAGCUGGUGACGCUGCCAGCAGCGCUGCAGAACCUCACCGCCACAAAGGCCCAGACUGUGGAGGAGGAGGGGGGGGAGGUAGCCGAGGAGGGGGAGACCACAGAGGCAUCCGGGGAGGAGGUGUCUGAGAUGAACUGACUCUGCCACCAGAACACUGUGCGCGGUUCAUACGACCUUCAUAGGUGACCGCUCCUGUCCUCAGGAAGGUCCUUCCCUACCCAGGUUUUAUAGAAGAAGUCAUGUCAUGUCUCUGUGCUACUGAUCUGUGAUGCCACUUCUACAUGGAAUUAAA